CAUCAUCGUCGCACACACGAAAAGGUACACACAGUAUAAGAUAAACAGCCAGAAAACUCAUCUGCAGUGCACUGCUAGAUGGAGAUACAUGUGACUGUUGUGGAGCUAACUAAAACCAGGGCCAUAUUCCCUUCCAUCAGAGAAAGACUUGAAUUUGAAACGAGCUGAAAAUGGAAUCUGAGGAAGAGGAGGGCCAGGAAGCAUCAGUAGUUUCCAUGGCAACAUAUGAUGAUGCAAAUAGCAGCAGUGAAUAUGAAAAUGAUGUACAGGAGGUUCAACAACCUGAACAAGGAUGCUGUUCAUCAUUUGGAGUUUGGUUGAAGUCGAAUGCCUUCCUAAUCUACUGUAGUCAGUUCUUGUCUGCAUGGGGAGAUCGAAUGUGGACAUUUGCUGUUGCCUUAUUCCUGGUUGAAAUUGAGGAUCUUUCACUACGUCUGACUGCUGUGUUUGGUUUUGCUUUGACGGUAUCAGUUCUACUGUUUGGUACUCUGGUUGGUCAAUGGGUGGACAGAACCCCAAGACUAAAAGCUGCCAGGAUAAGUCUGGUCAUCCAAAACCUCUGCGUCAUUGCCUGUGCGGUCUGCCUCCUCCUCCUCCUUCACUAUUUGGCAGCCAUUAGGCAGAUAGGAGACGGGGUACUCUUCCUGUUCUGUGAGAUUGCCAUCAUCUUUCUGGGCGUGAUCGCUAACUUGGCCAGUGUUGCUGAGAAGAUCUGCAUCCAGAAGGACUGGGUGGUCAUUCUUGCCGAUGGAAACAAAGAACAACUUGCAGUAAUGAACGCUAAUGUUCGCCGGAUUGACCUGACUGUCAAUAUCUUAGCCCCAAUCCUAGUGGGACAAAUCAUGACCUUUGCCUCUAUGACUGUAGCAGGUAUUUUCAUAGCUGCCUGGAACCUCGCCUCUCUCAUCUUAGAGUAUGCCUUACUUUUGCGUGUCUACAAGAAAGUUCCAAGGUUGGCUGUCAAGUUUGCUUCAUCUGAAAAUGAGGUUGACACUGAGACAGCAGAAACAUUAGCGGCACAAGGAGAUGAUGAAGGUGCUUCCCAAGAAGAAUCCUCAACCAUGAAAGAGACCACCAGGCUGGAUCAGCCAGAGGGGGAUAGGCAUCGUGCUGUCAUUGAAGAGAGCACUGAUGCAAGCUGUCAACCCCAAACAGAAGACUCUGCUGAAGCUAAUGGUGAAACAGCUGCGUUCCUGAGUAAGAUAAACCAAGAUGAACACUGUGUAAGUGAAAGUACUAAAGAACAAGAUUUUCCAAACGAUCAGCAAUCUACAACUGACGCAGUCCAACAACAGUCAUCAACAAAAGUCGGACCGUGUCAGCGCUUCGCGGCUAUAUUCCUGUCGACUUACCGAGGGUGGCAAGUCUACAGGUCUUACCCAGUGCACCUGGCGGGUCUAGGGAUGGCCUUUCUGUACAUGACAGUGAUGGGGUUUGACUCUAUUACUAAUGGUUACGGAUAUGCCAUGGGGCUGACUGAAUCCACUCUGGGGAUCAUCAGAGGGCUUGGAUCCAUCGCGGGCAUCGUUGGAACUUUCACUUUCGCGCAGAUGAGACGCAGAAUUGGUACCACUCGCACUGGCCUGUAUGCUUUAUCACAGGAAAUCAUUUGUUUAUGUUUAUGCGUUCUUUCUAUUUGGGUGCCUGGUAGUCCGUUCAAUCCACACUUUUAUGAAGAAAAUUCAACAUCUCCUUCAAGUAGUACAUCUACAAGCUUGUACUCGACUGCACCUCCAGACAUUUCAAACUUGACCGCAAAACUUUCUGUUCCAAACAAAACAUUGUUUGAGAAUACUGUUGAGGAUGUAGAGACAUACACAGAGCAGAGUACGACGAACUCCUCGCAAGGUGGAGAUGUUUCUCGACCUGCUUUUUACUUCACUUCUUCAAUUCUUUUCUUUGGUGGAAUGGUACUGUCAAGAGUGGGUUUAUGGAUGUUUGAUCUUGUCACCACACAACUCAUUCAGGAGAAUGUUCAAGAAAAGGAAAGAGGGGCUUUCUGCGGCAUGCAGAGAGCUUUAGAAUGCUUCAUGGACAUGCUGCAUUUCAUCCUAGUCAUCAUUCUGCCAUCGCCAGAAACCUUUGGCUACCUCAUCAUCCUCUCGUUUAUCUUCAUUUGUAUCGGAGCGAUGCUGUACUACGCUUUCUCUUUCAAAGAAAGGGGCCAUCUGUUCCACACAGAGAAAGUCAGGGCAUGUUUUCAGAAUGGAUCAAGUAACAAUGUGAGACACUACAGUAUGCAGAAUGUUGCAAUCUAGAAGUUUACGCAGAUUUCAGGAAAAUAUUUUUAACCUACCGGUGGAUUUUUCCUUUUGUGGAUGAAUGUGCAAAUUGAUAAAUGAUUGCUACUUAAACUGUAAUGAAAAAAACUACCUCUUUAAAAUGUGUAUAUCCAGUCAAUUUGUGCUCAUUUGAAAUUGUGUAUUUUUAUACUACAUAUAUAGGCUAAAUGAAUAGCAACGAAUUAUGUAAUCUACUUUUACCAAUAUAUAUUGGUUUGCGGUAACACCAUGUGUGUAUCUACUUGCCAGGUAGAGUUUGUUCUUAGAGAACCGUCUUGCUUAAUUCUACUACCGCGGAGUAGAUUUUUCGGUUGUUCGGGAGACUUAAUUCAGUACUGAAAAGAACUGUCCUGCUUAUAAACUAUUAACAUAUUGACAUUUUUAUAGGCCCCUACAUCAUUAUAGUAAACAUUUAACUUCAAGCAUAUAUAAGUCCCUUUUAAAGCCAUUAUACACUUUCGGAACAGGAAAAAAAAAAGUUCACAGAUUUACAAAUAACUUACAGGGUUUA